AUGGGCCCUGCCCACACCCCUGUCCAUGUCGAGGUAUCUAGAGUGUCCUUGAAGAAAGCUGUGUCGACGGUUGUUCUACGGCAGCUCACCUUGGCUGUGCUUGACAGCUAUAGAGGGAAGAUUCAGGUUUUCACCGACACAUCAACGACACGUUCCGGCUUUGCUUGCUCCCAUGUGAUCCCGCGGUUGUCAGCUGAAGGAUGUGCAAGACUCUCACACCCCGCGUCGGCGGCGGUGGCGGAACUGCACGCGAUUUGUAUGGCGCUUGUCUUCAUUGCAUCCUCUCCAUCCCCAGCUAAGUGGUCCAUCUACACCGACUCCAAAGCCGCCUUACAAGUCCUCCUCUGCUCUACAGGAUCGGGAUGUCUGUCUCCAAUGGUGCAUGACGUCCUUAAAGUGUACACUUCUGCCGUAUCACGGGGACAUGACAUCCAGUUGCAGUGGGUCCCUGGCCAUUGCGGUGUCCCCGGAAAUGAGGCUGCGGAUGCAGCUGCCAGGCGAACUCAUCUAGCACGUCUCACGCACCCCGUCUACUUCACAAGAGGGGAUGUCAGCGCUGCUGCUGUGGUGACACCCCGGAGGGUGCUGAUUAAUGUGGGGGGUCCCAAUUAG